GUGGUGCCGGACCUUCGUACGAUCACUUGAACGCGACUAGGGGUUCGUGAAGUAGUGGCACGCGAAAUGGCGGAUACGGUAGCUACUAAUGGCCACAGUGGCCAACAUCAGCAGGGCACCAAGAAGCAAGAAGAUGCUGUGCCGGAGCUACCGAAGUAUUUGUACGCCGCACUGGAGAAGCUAGCCCCCGAGGAAGGAUUUACGGAUGGAAAAUUCACGAUCGCGUUCGAUUUCGGCUCCAGCAAGGGCGAUGGGUUCGUGGGGCAAAUGUUCAAGGCCAUUAUCAGCGAAGGCGAACGGAAGGAGGCGUACCUGUGCAAGAUCCCCCCACUGGACGAUGCUCGCCGUGAGCAGUUCCACGCGAUGACUGCUUUCGCUCGGGAGGCCCUAGUGUACGAACGGUUUCUGCCCGCGAUCUACAAGUUCCAGCGUGAAAAGGGUAUCGCGAGUGCGCAGGAUGGUGGUUUCUUUAACACACCCCGCUGCUACUAUGCCCAUUGCGAUGAGGAACAGGCGCAAUCGGUCAUCAUCAUGGAGGAUCUACGACUCCGGGACUUUACCAUGUGGAACAAGCACAAUCCGAUUGAUUACGAUCACGCGCGGCUCUUCAUGACGCACAUCGGUCGAUUCCAUGCGGUAUCGUUGGCCAUGAAGCGGGAUCGACCGCAGGAGUUCGAGCAGUUUAAGCUGCCGAAUCCGUUCGAUCCGAUCGUCGAAGCGGAUGGUCCAUUCCGGAACAUGAUCCUAUCGCAGUUGCAAAUGGUGAUCGAUGCCCUGGACGAGCAGGACACAAUGGAGCGCGCCAAGAUGGAACAACUGAAACUGGAGAUAUUUGACGAGUUUCAGCGGUGUGGCAAUGGUGCGCUAGCGGAGCCCUAUACUGUGGUCGGACAUGGUGAUUGUUGGACCAAUAACAUGAUGUUCCGAUACAAGGAUGGUAAACCCGAGGAGAUCAUCCUGUUCGAUUGGCAGGUUAUGCGUUACGUGACACCGGUGCAGGAUCUCGUGUACUUUUCGUUCUGCUGUAUGGAUGCGCCAUUUCGCCGAAAGCAUUAUGAGGAGAUGUGUGACAUCUAUUAUCAGUCUCUGUCUAACACGCUAGCCAAACUGGGACACGAUGCCGGGGAGGUGUUUCCGCGCAGUGCACUCGAUGAGCAGUUCCAAACGUUCGGGCGCUACGCUAUUCUAAUGGCCAUGUUUCUGGUACCGAUGAUGUGCACCAAAAAUGAGGAACUACCGGACAUCGAGGCGAUGGCGCAGCGUAUGAAACAAACGCACCAGUUGGAGGAGAGCUUCUUCAAAGCCACGGAAUCGAACCAGGAUGCGUACAGGAAGAGAAUGAGUGGCGUCGUGAAGGACUGCAUUCGCUAUGGAUACCUGUGAUCUGUCCAACGAUCGGUGUGUAACCGCCAUACGAUCAGUACAAAUCAAUCUUUUUUCGGUAUUAAGUCGGAUUGGUUUGUAUUCCGAAUUAGAUAUAGAAUUCAAUAUUCCAAAUCCCUUGAAUUGAAUAUAGUAUGCAUGGAUAGAUUAUGAAUGGAAGAUAUCUGACCAAAAUAUAAAUAGAAGGAAC